AUGCCUCCCAAGAAGUCUACCACCGCUUCUACCAAGAAGGCCGCUGCCGCCGCCCCGGCACAUGGCUCCUACAUCGAUAUGGUCAAGGAUGCUAUCAUCAGCCUCAAGGAGCGCAAUGGUUCAAGCCGUCAAGCCAUCCAGAAGUACAUUAAGGCCAACAACAACUUGGGCAACCCCACCGAUGCCAUGUUCAAGAGCCGCGUCAAUGGCGCCAUCCGCAAAGGUCUCGAGAGUGGCGACUUCAGCUUCCCCAAGGGCCAAAAGUCCGGCAGCAUAAAGCUCGCGAAGAAGGAUGCGAAGGAGGCCAAGCCUGCCGCUGCAAAGAAGGAGAAGGCCGAGCCCAAGAUUGAGAAGAAGGCCGCCGCUCCCAAGGCCAAGAGGGCCGCCACCACUACCAAGGCUAAGGCACCCGCCUCUAAGGCUGCAGCUACCAAGAAGCCCACCAAGGCAGCGCCCAAGAAAGAGACUAAGACCACCACCAAGAAGGCCGCUGCAGCUAAGCCUAAGGCCAACGCCAGCAAGCCUCGCAAGGCUGCUGCCGACACCAAGGCUGCUCCCGCUGUUCCCAAGGAGGACUUCGCGGUUCUCAGUAAGACCAAGUCUGGCCGUGUCACUAAGACCAAGGCCGCAGCUCCCAUCAAGAAAACACCCACCAAGAAGGCCCCGGCGGCUAAGAAGGCAGCAACAACCAAGAAGAGCACACCCAAGCGUGCAACGCCCAAGAAGGCAGAGGCAUAA